AUGGAUGAGGAUGACACGGUCCGUAAGGCAAGGCAUGGAGACCCUGGCCACGGCAAACAGCACCAAGGUAGUGUAAGUCAUUGGAUGGAUACGGGAACCACGGCAAGCAACACCAGUCGUAUGGAUGAGGAUGACACGGUCCGUAAGGCAAGGCAUGGAGACCCUGGCCACGGCAAACAGCACCAAGGUAGUGUAAGUCAUUGGAUGGAUACGGAACCACGGCAAGCAACACCAGUCGUAUGGAUGAGGAUGACACGGUCCUCAUUGGAUGGAGAGGGAACCACGGCAAGCAACACCAGUCGUAUGGAUGAGGAUGACACGGUCCGUAAGGCAAGGCAUGGAGACCCUGGCCACGGCAAACAGCACCAAGGUAGUGUAAGUCAUUUGGAUGGAGAGGGAACCACGGCAAGCAACACCAGUCGUAUGGAUGAGGAUGACACGGUCCGUAAGGCAAGGCAUGGAGACCCUGGCCACGGCAAACAGCACCAAGGUAGUGUAAGUCAUUGGAUGGAGACGGGAACCACGGCAAGCAACACCAGUCGUAUGGAUGAGGAUGACACGGUCCGUAAGGCAAGGCAUGGAGACCCUGGCCACGGCAAACAGCACCAAGGUAGUGUAAGUCAUUGGAUGGAUACGGGAACCACGGCAAGCAACACCAGUCGUAUGGAUGAGGAUGACACGUCAUUGGAUGGAGAGGGAACCACGGCAAGCAACACCAGUCGUAUGGAUGAGGAUGACACGGUCCGUAAGGCAAGGCAUGGAGACCCUGGCCACGGCAAACAGCACCAAGGUAGUGUAAGUCAUUGGAUGGAUACGGGAACCACGGCAAGCAACACCAGUCGUAUGGAUGAGGAUGACACGGUCCGUAAGGCAAGGCAUGGAGACCCUGGCCACGGCAAACAGCACCAAGGUAGUGUAAGUCAUUGGAUGGAUACGGGAACCACGGCAAGCAACACCAGUCGUAUGGAUGAGGAUGACACGGUCCGUAAGGCAAGGCAUGGAGACCCUGGCCACGGCAAACAGCACCAAGGUAGUGUAAGUCAUUGGAUGGAUACGGGAACCACGGCAAGCAACACCAGUCGUAUGGAUGAGGAUGACACGGUCCGUAAGGCAAGGCAUGGAGACCCUGGCCACGGCAAACAGCACCAAGGUAGUGUAAGUCAUUGGAUGGAGAGGGAACCACGGCAAGCAACGCCAGUCGUAUGGAUGAGGAUGACACGGUCCGUAAGGCAAGGCAUGGAGACCCUGGCCACGGCAAACAGCACCAAGGUAGUGUAA